GUGCAACCCACGUGAUUGUCGACGAAGUGCACGAGCGAGACCUACACACGGACUUUUUGCUGACCUUGCUGCGACGGGUUUUGCACCACAGAGCGGAUCUGAAGAUCAUCCUCAUGUCGGCGACAGUGGACCCGUCAGCGUUCCAAGGAUACUUCAAUGGCAUCAGGACGGUGAGCAUUCCGGGCAAGACCAACUACCCCAUCGAAGAGCUUUUCCUGGAAGACUUGUUGCCUCAGCUCUCAACGCAGAGUCGCCAGGCAUGGCGGGAUGCUCGGCGGCAGCAGUGGAGCAAGGCAUCCGCUUUCGCAAUGGGGCCACUGCCUGGUGUCCCCCAAGGGUCGGCGGCAAUCAGAGCUGCAUUCCCACAUCUGCCAGAGGAUGUCGUCUGGGACAUCGCCGAUGUGCAUGGGGAGAUGGCUCAGAACAUCGACUAUGACCUGACGGCCUCUCUGGUGCAGGCAAUCCACGAUUCCGGUAAAGAAGGAGGCGUUCUCAUCUUCAUGCCGGGAUGGUUUGAGAUAACUCAGACCAUCGAACGCCUUGAGAAGUGUCGCUGCAAGCACCAGCUGGCAAUACAUCCUCUGCACUCGCGCAUCCCCACAUGGGAGCAGCAGGCCAUCUUCAGGCCUUCGCCAGCUGGGCGACGGAAGAUCGUGAUCUCAACGGUUCUGGCCGAGACAUCGAUCACCGUGGAAGACAUUGUGUACGUCAUCGACCCCGGCCGUGCACGGACCACCUUUUUCAACGAGACCUCGAUGAUCUCAGCGCUUCGGACCGUGUGGUACUCCAAGGCGAAUGGCUUCCAGCGACGGGGGCGUGCCGGACGCUGCCGGCCGGGUGUUUGGUAUCGGCUCUUCAGCUCGUGUCAAUGGGAGGCCAUGGAGGAGUAUGCCCUGCCGGAGAUGCAGCGCUCUCCUUUGGAGGAGCUCUGCAUGGAAGUCUCGUCCCUGGGCCUGGGCCCACCGGCCGACUUCCUGCGAGAGGCCAUCAGCCCUCCGAAAGGGGACGUGGUCCGUCAUGCCUUGAAGCUACUGCACGGCUUGGGAGCUGUGACGGACCCGACCGGGAAGACCCUGACGCCUUUGGGUGCGGCACUGGCGAAGAUACAGGUCCACCCCAUGCUGGCGAAGAUGCUGCUGCUGGCAGUGCCGUUCAAGUGCUACCACAUGAUGGUUACGAUUUGCGCAUCUCUGGGAUACAAGUCACCCUUUCUUUGCCCCAUGGGUCUGGAAAAAGAGGCAAAUCAGGCGAAGGCCGCCCUGGCCGACGGGUCCAAGUCGGACCUCAUCGCCUUGGUCAACGCCUACGAGGGCUGGAAGCGCGGCAAGGCUGGCUUUGCGCGUCAAAACUUCCUCUCCCACCAGACGAUGGACUACAUCCAUCGCCUGCGCGAGGAUCUUCUGUCAGCUUCAAAGGAUGUACUGAGGAAUGUGCCUCAGGAUCAUGGGGACCCGGUCCUUCUGGCAGACUCCUGCAAAGCGGUUCUGACUGCGGGUCUGUACCCCAACGUGUCACUUUUGCGUCGACGGGGCAAGGGACACACGAUCCAGGGCUUGCCAGUCGUGGUCCAUCCAGGCAGUGUGAAUUCCAAGGAAGAGUGGACCCAAGUGGUUUUCUAUGAGAUCCAAGAGACCACCGAUCGUUUCAUGUAUGACACAACUGUGGUGGGCCUGGCCCCUCUGCUUCUGUUCGCCCCCGCACUGAAAGAAGUACACCGAGGGCGCCGCGUGGUCUUUGAGCUCUCACCAAAAUCCCACGUCGCGGUGGAUGUGAAAGUUGCAGACGUGUUGCAAAGCCUGCGUGGCCUCGUUGCAAGCUUCGUGGAUCGAUCCGUUGGAACCACGCCGACGCCGCUGAUGCUCGACACGGCCCAGGGGCUGAGUCGCCUCUUUGCAGAGCAGGCAGGGGGGCCAUAA